ACACACUUCCAGAGUGAGCUGCAUUGUGUGAGAGCCCAGUGACUGGAGAUGAAAAGCCGGCUUCUCACCUUCCUGCUGCUGGGACUGGUGGUUGUCCUGAAGGCUCAGGAAGCCCCAUCUGAUGACCAGGAGGAUUUCUCUGGGAAGUGGUACACAAAGGCCACGGUUUGUGACAGGAACCACACAGAUGGGAAGAGACCCAUGAAAGUGUUCCCUAUGACUGUGACAGCCCUGGAAGGAGGGGACUUAGAGGUCCAGAUAACAUUCCGGGGGAAGGGUCAUUGUCAUUUGAGACGAAUUACGGUGCACAAAACUGAUGAGCCUGGCAAGUACACUACCUUCAAAGGCAAGAAGACCUUCUAUAUUAAGGAGAUUCCUGUAAAGGACCACUACAUCUUCUACAUUAAAGGCCAGCGCCAUGGGAAAUCAUAUCUGAAGGGGAAACUCGUGGGGAGAGACUCUAAGAACAACCCAGAGGCCAUGGAGGAAUUCAAGAAAUUUGUAAAGAGCAAGGGAUUCAGAGAAGAAAACAUUACUGUCCCUGAGCUGUUGGAUGAAUGUGUGCCCGGCAGUGACUAGGCACAGCUGCCCAUCAGGGAUAGAGUUGCUGAUCCUGCCCUAACGCUGACUCAGUUCUGAGACAUCCUGGGAGCUCCCGAACCCCAGACAACUUUCCUCACCUUCAUGGAUGGACUUCCCUUCCACCUCGGCUUCACCCACCCCAGCACAGCUUCUCCUAAUA